AUGUUGCACAUACCACGCAUGGCAAGUCUGCCACUAACCGUCAUUAUUGCUGUUGCUUCGUUGUCGGUAGUGACCUCCGUGGCGGUUGGUGUGGAAAGCGUAGAUGUGGCCGUAGAAGCCUUGCAUGAGGCCAUCAUAUCGCGAGACGUCGCAGCCGUCAAACUCCUGUUAGAAAAGGGAGAUCUCAAAUCGAAACUUAAGGGUUACACGCCCUCGCCCUUCUAUUGGGUAGCUGACGAAAAGAACGACUCCAAAAAGCUUGACGAAAUAAUGAACGUGUUAUUGGAAGAGCUUGAUGGCGAAAUAGAGCACGAUUAUGGCAGAUAUCAUCCUUUGACGCGCGCUGUUCAUAAUCGCCUGAGCCAUGUUGUGGACACGUUGAUCCAUUGGCCUACUACCAUUAACGAAGUUCUCGCGACCUAUCUACUGUGUGAUGACGUUGGAUUUGUGCCAGAGGGUGUCACGAUAGUUGUGACGUCCUAUAGCAGAGAUUGCUUCUUCAAGUUUCCCCAAAGAGUGGCAUACGAACACAGCAAAAUAGCGGCAGUGAUACGGCGUCGCCACAGGGAGAAGUUCCAUGAAGCGAGCAAGAAGUCUUCUUCCGUAAAGUUCGACUGGGAAAAUCCCUUCUUGACCCCGCCGGCUGGAGUGAAACCUCCCCAAAAUCAACAUGUCAUGAACCCCAGAGCCUUCACUGAUUUUUCCCAGGCGUUCAUGUACUACUUCUUUGGUGAAUGGGUAUCUCCAUAUAGGUUCCUAUACCAUGCAAUGUGGGUGGUAUUUGGACUUUUGGUGUGCCGUGUAAUUGUCACUGCUGUGCGUGAAAGGUCUGCACUCGCACCUGUGGAGCCACCUCCCCUUGCCGAGUCCCCUCAAGGCGACAUGGCUGCCGCUCCCAACACUGAGGACACAUGA